GCAUGGCGGCUCCGUAGCUCGCGUUCUGCAUGUGUACGUGAAUCGGGACGGCUCUCAGCUAACCACGCGCGUUUAGCCAUGAUACAAGGAUUGUCGCCCCUCAACCAGGCCGUCCUGGGAACGAUGUUUACCUGGGGAAUGACCGCGGCCGGUGCCGCACUCGUCUUUGUGCUCAAUUCGACCAAGCGAAAAAUUUUAGAUGGCAGCCUCGGAUUCGCCGCGGGGGUCAUGCUGGCAGCUUCAUUUUGGUCCUUACUAGCGCCGGCCAUCGAGAUCGCCGAGUCGACGGGUGGCUACGGCCGAUUGGCAUUCAUUCCCGUUGGCUUCGGCUUCUUUCUGGGCGCGCUGUUUGUCUACGCCAUGGACAAGCUGAUCCCAUCCUAUAGUGCUUACAGCUGCGUAAUGCGACGGGACGGCCACAAGGCAGAUCUGGCCCUGGCCAUGCAGCUGGAAAAGAAGUCAGCGCUCAAGCGCCACAUUCAGACGGGCGAGGAGUCGGCCCUUGCCUAUCGGAAUGGGUACUCGGAUCCCAACGUGCAGCUGCGCAAGAAGCCGCUGACGGCAACACAGGUCACUAUGCCGACCGUCAAUGACGCCGAGACGGCUGAGAACCUGAAGCGGUGGAAGCGCAUCUUCUUGCUGGUGGUUGCCGUCACUGUGCACAACAUUCCCGAGGGUCUUGCGGUGGGUGUUGGAUUCGGUGCAGCCGGUAGCUCGGAGCAUUCCACAUUUGAAACUGCCAGGAACCUGGCGCUUGGCAUAGGCAUUCAGAACUUCCCCGAGGGACUGGCCGUGAGCUUGCCACUCCGUGGGGCUGGCUUCUCCAAGUGGAAGUCAUUCUGGUAUGGCCAGCUCAGUGGAGUCGUGGAGCCAGCAGCUGGGAUCCUUGGCUGCCUGGCUGUGACCAUGGCGCAGCCCCUGCUGCCUUAUGCCCUCGCCUUUGCUGCCGGGGCGAUGGUCUACGUUGUCGUUGACGACAUUGUGCCGGAGGCACAAGCUUGUUCAAAUGGACGACUGGCAUCGUGGACCACCGUGAUAGGGUUUAUUGUUAUGAUGGCCUUGGACGUCGGCCUCAGCUGAACUGCACAGACGCCGUCGUAAUAGGCCAUGACUUUGAGCACAUUUCGAUGACCAGGUUGUGCCUUUGGGACCAAGAAACCCGGGGAGAGCCAAGCUUUACGAAACUUCACUUAUUACAAAAGCUUUGCGAUUUGCCGGCCAGUGUGAUGACACAAGCAAGACAAUGCGACGGCGGAAGUACCAACCAGCAAAUCGCAAACUGUACUUAUCUCAGAGGAAUUUCGGUAACGUGUGUGACCCCCUGUCUCUCGUUCAUCAAAAUGGGACAUUGUGCAUUGCACCACAUACUUCUAUAAUGUUUUUUUUUAUCUCGCACACGCCGUGGUUCAUCCAUGUGGCUCAUCGCGUUGGCUCGACAACAUCAGCAUUUGGUAGAAUGCUUGCGCCUUCAUCUGGUUGUGCAGUUCAUUUACAAACAGUGUAAUAAUUCAGACUUAUUGUGUAAUAUGUAAAUUCCUUACUGCGUUCCGAAGCGAUUAUUGGCACGUCAUUUGACGGUGGAAUCGUGGCAUCAGUCGUUAUUAUUCAGUAUUGUAACUGGAAUGUAUAGGUCUUUAUGUUACUUAGCUACAAAAUGCUACGUACCAGCAGCGUAUUCUGUCUUGAACCUCUAGUGUUUUUUUCCCCACUGAUUCAGUAAGUCACUCUUGAAGUGCACAGAGGAUGUAAGGGCAGCGUUUGAUGCUUGCUGAUUGAACUAAGCUAGUCGGUUGGUCUCGCACGUUACGGUGGUGUACAGAUGUGUCACGUGCAUUUCAUGCAGCGUUUGGCUUUUGAUCAUUCCUUUGUGAUAGCUAAUAGUGUAAACAAGAACAAAUGCGUCAAUUUUGAUUGUUUUGAUCGAGAUAUAUAACAUAGCGCACUUAUGGAGAAAUGUUUAUACUGAUGCUGUUUUGUGUAAUCUUUAAUCUUGUGCACACUGCAAGUGCGCUCUUUUAAGUAUUAAUGAUAAAACACUCAUGCUCUUUUAAACCUUUAUUAAUCCUAUUUUUGUGCCAAUUGAUACUGCUGAGAGUAGCAUCGAAGUAGGUGUACAUUCAAAGUAAAUUAUUUAUUUGCAUUGGGCCGUACGACAUUAGGAUGCAUUAUUUUUGAGAAGACCCUGUCUAUAUUAACCUAAUCUCAUUCGGAUAUAUAGCUUGCUAAAUUAUUGCUAUGCUCGCACAAGAUGCAUGCAUAUGUGUGUGUAGAGUGUGCUGUAUUUUAUUGGUACAAAGAAUUGAAAUUGCGUAAAUAAAAUUUGGGCAGUUGCACACAUUUAAAUGGGCUUCUUGUACUUGCUAACAGUACCCGUGGCACAUAAAAAAGAAUACUGUUCCAGUAUCUUGGAACUUAAAGGCCAACUGCGACAAAAUUUCGCUAUGGCUAAAUUGGUUAUAAGUGAGUAGUACAACAACUGAAUCAAUCUUGCCAGUGCUUCAGGGGUGGUAAUUGUAUAACUUUCUUAUUAGCAGCCUUUGAAUAGCAGGUGCACCUGGUGGAUAGCUGAUAGGAUGCAAGUCCCAGCACAUUGCCUCCGAGAUUUUGGAGCAACCCGUGGGUGGCAGCAGGUGCCACAUAAUCUCUGAGGCCAUGCCGUGGACCGGUGCGCGCUCAGUCAUGCAUCACUUCCGAUGAGCGAUAAAGGCAGCAUUUUAUUUUUCCUUUUUUUUCAGCAGUGUCGGUAUAAAAAAAUUUGUGAGAGUCUUUAGGGACACAUGCACUCAUACUUGAACCGUAAAUUUUUGCGUGGAGGCUGCUCAGUAUGUGCACUUUGUGAAACUAGUUUUUUUUUACGAGGACGAUAAUUUUGUUUGCAGUUGGCUUUUAGAGCAACGGGUAUCCAAUUUUUUCUUUUCUUUCUACUGUUUAUGAAAGCAUACCUGCAGGAUUUAUGGUGGUGUUGUUGGAAAAGCAUCUCAUGUUGUUUAUGUUGCAAUUGUGCUUGUCGUGGAGAGGUUUGCUGCUUUUUUCAAGUCAUGGGAAGUGGUCAAGUUCGUUUGUUUUACUUUUUAUUUUUGGUGGAAAUAAAUAUGUGGAAGAUAAAAAGAGGUGAACGCC